AUGGCGGACCACUUGAUUGUACCUCACCAGCCCGGGCCUGAUUUGCCGUUUUCAGAGUGGACUGAUUCAGUGCCCAGGGCCUGCAGUCUCGUAGGUGCAGACGGGUACGGAAAGACCUUCCGCAGAGCUGUGAAUGAAGCGCGUAACCCGGCCAUCAGCAUCACUGAAAACAUACUGCAUUUCAAAGCUCAGGGACACGGUGCCAAAGGAGACAAUGUCUAUGAGUUUCACUUGGAGUUCUUAGACUUUGUAAAGCCAGAGCCGGUUUACAAGCUGACCCAGAGGCAGGUGAACAUUACUGUUCAGAAGAAGGUGAGUCACUGGUGGGAACGACUUACCAAGCAGGAGAAGCGCCCGCUGUUCUUGGCCCCUGACUUUGAUCGCUGGCUGGACGAAUCUGAUGCAGAAAUGGAGCUCAGAGCCAAGGAGGAAGAACGCCUGAAUAAACUAAGGCUAGAAAGCCAAGGCUCUCCUGAAACGCUUACAAGCUUGAAGAAAGGCUACCUGUUCAUGUAUAAUCUCGUGCAGUUCUUGGGAUUUUCCUGGAUCUUUGUUAACCUGACAGUGCGGUUCUUUAUCUUGGGAAAAGAGUCCUUCUACGACACGUUUCACAGUGUGGCUGACAUGAUGUAUUUCUGCCAGAUGCUGGCAGCUGUGGAGACCAUCAACGCAGCAAUUGGAGUCACCAGUUCACCAGUGGUACCUUCUCUCUUACAGCUUCUUGGAAGAAAUUUCAUUCUGUUCAUCAUCUUUGGCACCGUGGAAGAAAUGCAAAACAAGGCUGUGGUUUUCUUUGUGUUUUAUUUGUGGAGCACAAUUGAGAUUUUUAGGUAUCCCUUCUACAUGCUUUCCUGCAUCGACAUGGACUGGAAGGUGCUCACGUGGCUGCGUUACACUGUGUGGAUUCCUGUGUACCCUCUGGGAUGCUUAGCGGAAGCUGUCGCAGUGAUCCAGUCCAUUCCAGUAUUCAAUGAAACCGGAAGAUUCAGCUUUACAUUGCCGUAUCCAAUGAAAAUCAAAGUUAGAUUUUCCUUUUUCCUUCAGAUUUAUCUUAUAAUGUUGUUUUUAGGGUUAUACAUAAAUUUUCGUCAUCUUUAUAAACAGCGCAGGCGGCGGUAUGGACAAAAAAAGAAAAAGGUCCACUAAUCCGAGAGAUUUAGAAGGCUUCUUGCCAGUUUGAGCCUAAUCUAUGAUUCUUACAGUUUUACCUUCUUGUACUGAUGUAAACGUUUUUUUAAAGUUAAACAAUUAAAUUCUCAGUGAGGCUGUCGCCCUUUCCACAGUGACAUUCCUGAAUUUGCUGUAUUAUCUUAGUGUAGUACUUGCAUGACACGGCUUCCCGACAUCUGACAACAGGUUCACUCUUGUGUGUGCAUUAACGACAGCACAGGGCUCCGCCCAGACCCAUUCUGUUCUUCACAUGCCAGAGACUCAGUUCCAGUGCGCUGUUCCUACAGGGACCGAGCACUCUUACAGUUGGGAUUUGUUCUUUUUCCCUAUUAGUAGUGAAAAAAAGCAAGACUGCGUUGCUCUGUAGAACGCUUUAAAGUGACUCAGGCAGAACCUAAUAUUCUGUACCCAAAGGACUACUUAAAUAGUGGCGGGGAGGGCACUGACUUUUUGAAAAUCAAGUAUACUUGGUCAUUGAGAAGUCUCUGGUCACAGCGGGCUGGAGAGCAGUUUUGCACCUGACAUCUUUCAGCCUAACCAUGUCUGUCACCACAGUGCUUACUACUAUAGCGCUUACCAGUGUGGGCCCUGAAGAGGCAAAGGUGACUUGAGAGAAUCCAAGCAGAACCUUGGAACACCACGAUCACUUCGCUGCUAGGUAAAUCGGGACUGUUUUCAAGUCUAAAGAAAGAGGAGACCUUGUUUAGAAAACACUGUUAGUUCCAAACUCAGGUGGCUGCAAGAGUCAGGAAAGAAUGCACGCCACACUGGCCAAACUGGCACGCAUAGACGUGCCCAAACUGUAGCCUGUGGCACACUGCAAAGUGAACGCAGGCCAGCCUGGAGCAGGCCCUGCCCGCCUGCUGUCUAACGGGGGCACAGACUGAAAGUCAGUCUCCAUUCCCUUGUGCCGGCUGAGUCCAUUUCCUGUGUACUUCUCUGAGAGAGUGGGGAGGCUGUACGCUUUUGAACCUCAAACACACGUUUUUUGUGCUGUUGUUGGGUUGUUGGGUUGGCUUUUUACCUGUCUGCAGUAGGACACUAAAAACAGCAGGAAUUUUGGCCGGGAAAUGACCUGCUGGUCCUUUACCAGGGAUCCCUGGUAGGAAACGCACAAAGAGGAACUGAAGAAAGUCUAGCCAUUAUGGUUGGCUGUUGUAAAAACACAUCGGUUUCCUCCAGAACAUUCCACAUAAACCAGGUAAAGUAAGUGUUAGAAGUGACACUUGCAUUGAAAGAAUUUAAGGCAUAGUCGCGCUUUCUGUUCUGCCAUCCCCAGUGUUCCUGGAGGAAAGGAGACUGGUCAGCUUUGACCUGAAGUUUCUGAUUAGCAGAAGCUGUUUUAAAAACUCACUGCACUGGAGGGCAUUUUGCAUGUCUGUAACUUCCGUCAACAGCUGUUUGUACUGACUUCUGCUGUCCUCUCACCUGACUGUAACCAGGCAGAUCAGCUUUGCAGUAGAUGCUGCGUCUUCGUGGCGAAGCUCUGUGUUCUCCGUAAUUGUUAAGAACCCCUUGAUUGCUGUCUGAGGAAGAUGUGUAUUUAUAUUAAAACAUUUGCAAUCAAAA